AUGUCAAAUUGUAAAAUCAUUUGCGAGAUGCCUAAUAAGGAAAUUAUUCAUAUUGAUUGUGAACUCUAAAAUGUCAAAAAUGAAUUGCUAAAAAAAACAAAUUAAAUACAUCAUGAAAACAUGAUUCUUAUUGAUAUUUCUGAAACAUAAUAUAAAUCAUCAAAUUCUGAAACUUAAAAUAAUUAGAUGAAGGAUUUAAUAUACUUUAAGGUUUAUGACGCUAAUUAACUUUAUAAAGAGUUUAAGGAAAUUGAAAACAUAAAAAAUGAAUAAGAAAAAUAAAUUAUAGUAUUUUAGGAUAAAAAUACAAAACUUGAAUUAGAAUUAAAUUAGAUAAUUAAUAAAAGCAAUAGUCAAAAAUAAAAGAUUAAAAAAUUAAAAGAAGAAAAUUAAAAGUAAUAAAAUAACAAUCAUGAAUUACACAUAUAAGUAGUUUCAAUAACUUCUGAAAAAAAUGCAAUAAAUUAAGUUUGGCAAAUUUGUUUGAAUUAAAUGUCUUAAUUAAUGUAACAACUUUAUCUUAAUGCUGCUUAAACAAAUAAUACUUUUUAAAUUGAUAAUUUAGAAAAUCUAUAAAUUUAGAUUAAAGAUUUAUAAGAUUAAUUAUAAAUUUAAAAAUAAGAUACAGAUAAAUAAAAAAAAUUGUUAAAAUAAGAAAAAGAUAAAUCUUAUGAUAGUUAAACUUAAUCUGAAAAUACUAUUACAUAAUUAAAUGAGAAAAUUAGAAAAAAUGAAAGAGAUAUAAAACACCUAAUAGAAAAAAAUAAUGAAUUGGAAAUGAAUUAUAGGAAUACACAUAUGGAAGUUUAAGGUGCAAAUUAAGAAAAUAAAAAAUUAUUAAGUUAAAUUAAAUAAUUAACAUCAACCAUUUAAUAAUUGGAGUAUGAUAAGUAGGAGUUAUAAAAUCAUAUAUAAAGUUUAGAGGCUAAGAUCGUUAGUUAGAUUUAACAAAUAUUCAAUUUAAAUUAAAAUAUAGAUUAAUUGAAUGAAUAAAUUGAAUAAUAGAAAGAAGAAAUUAGGAAAAAAGGAUUAGAAUCUGAUAAAUAUAAAAAUGAAUAUAAACACUUAUAAUUAUAAAAAGAAUCAAUUAAUAAAGAAUGUUAAGAGUUAAAAAAAUAAUAAUAAAGAUUAUAAGAAGAAAUAGAAAUAAAAGAAAAUGGAGGAUAAGUUAAUUAAAAUGAAAUAUCAAGACUUAAAAAUUAAAUCAUUAAAUUGGAAAAAGAUAUUAAUGAUCAAAAUAAAUUAAAUUAAGAAAAUUAAGAAAAAAUUAGAUAGUUUAAAACAUAGAUAACAACAAAAGAUGGAGAGAUAAGUAAUUUAGAAAUUAAAUUAAAUUAACUUUAAACUUCUUUAAAAUAAAAAGAUGAAUAAAUUAGAAAUGAUUAAGCUGCCAAUCAAUUAUUUAAAUAAUAAAUGGAUGUAAUAAUUUAAGGAAUGAAGUCUGAGAUAGAAUAAAGUAAUUAAAAAUUAGAGAUCAAAGAUCAUAUUUUAAAGAAAUUAUCAAAGCAAAUGCAAGAUGAUAAAUAUUAUGAUAAAGUUAUUGGUUUAAUGGAUAAAUUAAUGUAAUCCCCUAAUAAAAUUUACUAAAUUGAAAAAGAUUAGACUGCUUAGUUUGAUUUGAAAGAUUAUGAAAUUUUUGAGAUUACUUUUGAAUUUAAUAAAGCAAUAGAACUUUUGAAAAACAAUUAAUAUUUUUUAUUUGAACAAUGUUUAAAUAAGAAUCGAAAGGGUAAUGUCAAAUUAAAUAGAAGUAUUUAACCAAAUGCUAAAUCUACAUUUUUUAAGGGUUAUUUAAGUAGCGUAAAAGAGGCAGAUUAAAAUGAAUUUAAAGGAAAAUACUUUUUAAGAAAAGAUUUAAUUUCUUAAAAUGAUCCAUUUACUAAUAUAGAUGAAGCAAUUGAAAUGUCUAAAAAUAAUUUCUUAUGUUAAUUAUUAAUGGAAUAAUUUAAUAAAACAUUAAAAUCAUAAAAAUUAAAAGAAGGAGAUUAUUAAAUUGCUAGAUAGUUUAUUUUAAAGUCUAAAGGUAAAUAUUAAAUUUAUAAUUAUUAUAGAUAAAGAAGAAUAUUAUUAUUGUGAAAUGGUUGAAGAAGGAGAAUUUAAAAAGAUUAAUGGUGGAGCAUUUAAUCCUAAACUUAGUGAAACAGAUUCAUAUUUCAAUGCAUUUUCUAAAUUCGUCUAUGCAUUUUCAAAGGAAAAUUAUAUUAUCACUCAUUUAUAAAUUUGUGGAAAAAAAGUUCAUGAUAUGAUAGUAAGUACUACUUAUAAAGGAUUAUUCUCAACUCUAGAUUAAGGAUCAACUGAAAUUGGAUAAUUUUUAGAAAUCAUAAAUAAUUAACCUGCAAAUAUGAUAAACUAACAUUGGAGAUAAAUUGUAGAAGAUAUUGCUAAGGAAGGAUUUAAAUGA